UGCUGGGCCUUGCAAUUCUACAAAACAAAAAGCUCCUGAAAACUCAUCUUCAACAAGAAUGAAACCUGAAAAUGGCCUGGGUACAAAAGGCUCAGGGACUACCAGAAGACUGACUGCACAAGAUGAAAACCCCAACAAUGGAAAAAUGGCUGCAGGAAAGAAAAAAGCUGCAGUUGAAACAGAGACUAGAACAGGAAAGUCAAUGGAUGAUGAGGACUUUUCCUGUGAUAGGUUUUCCAGUUUACGAAUUAUUAAUCCACUGAUUUCAUCAGUUGUUAUGGAGAAGAGGAUGGAAGGACGCAGAAUGGUGAAGAUUUCACAGAUAUCAACCAAGAUUAAGGGAAAUAAUGAUAUUGAUGGGGACUGGGUGACAAUUGGUGUGAUAGUUCAGAAGAUGCCUCCAAAGAAAAGCUCAAAUCAUUUGGCCAGCAUUGGAUAUGGUCCCUCAGGUAAAGCACCAUUAAUGAAGAAGUUUAAGAAAGACCUCAAUACUUCAACCUUCAUGUAUCAAGGACGCACAGUGAAUGCGUCUAGUCACAAUACCGACCACAAGAAGAAAAAUGUUUCACUGAAGAGCCUUAGUGUAGGUAAAAGAAAUGGAUCUACUGAGGCAAUGGCAAAAGGUGAUUCAGUUCAUCAAAAGGGAAAUAAUAGCAAUCCUACUACUGAACAUUCAGACUUCUUAGUACAGCUUCUUGAAAUGCCAACAGUUGGCUCCAGAAAUCUGAUCAGACAUUUAAACCAAGACGAGGAACAAAAAAAACCAGAGGAAGAGAGAAAGCCCACAAUGUCUGCUUCAGAGCUCUUAAAAGCGCAUGAAAAGGAACUUAAACGAACGAAGUCUUCGUCCACGGGCACACUUGGAGCACCCAUGUUAGGGCGUGGUCUGGCGCCAGGAUCGGAUCUCUUCUUUGAUGGUUCACCCAAGUUCGGGAAACGGAAAUUAAAUGAUACAGAGAGAGCAAAGCUCAAAGCUUUGUCACUUGUGAAACAGAAAGGACCUAUAGAAAAGGAUGACCCAAAUGCUGUUCGCAAAAAGUUAUCUCCAAAGGCGCAGGAGGAAAUUCAAAAGAAAGCGUUUGAAGAUAGCAGCAAAGAAAAUGAUGAUGGCAAUGUAGAUCAAGACUCAAGGAAAAAAAGAAGACGAAUUUUGGGACCAGAGUUUGGAUCAAUAGAUCUGACUUCCGAAGAAGGUAAAAAACUACUGGCUGCAAAAUCACAGCAUGUUGGUGCCGUGCGAGAGGCUGAGGCCGAGAGAGAGGAAAAAUACUUCAACGAACUGGAGAAGAAAGAAAGACUGGAGGAUAAAAUGAAGACGAUUACAGAGCUCAAAGUAAAAGUGGUCUGCUGUAAACAGUGUAAUUACGUAGCAGAGGGUGCCUCAGAACUCUGCCACAAGGAAAAGCAUGCGCUGAAGUAUUGUAAGGCUCUGAAGAAGUUCUUCGUGUGUAAAGACUGCAAAACUCGCACUGUAUCAUAUGGAUCGCCAAUUCCUAAACAUCCUUGCAGGCAAUGCGGUGCUACAAACUAUCAGAAAACAUCCAUUUACAAGGAAACGGAAGGCCCGAAGAUAGCAGGGGAAACUCUACUCGUUAGAGGGGAAGAACUUCCAAAAUUUCUUAACAGUCUUUAAAAGCUCUUCAGGAGUUGCAGUGAAAUAUUUUUACUAGAGAAUUGUUAUAUUACCAUAUGAAUGAAACAGUUUUCACCUGCAGUCGCACAAGUUGAGAUUUGAAUCAUUUUUAAAUAAACUCGUUUUGUGAAGAAAA